AUGAGCAGUCAAUUCAACAAAGAGAACCAGAAGUUGCUGCAGAUGGGCACCGAAGAUGACAUUAAAAGAUGGAAGGAAACCAAGACUCUAGGGAUUAUUGGUCUUGGUGACAUGGGACUAUUGUAUGCCACAAAAUUCUCAGAAGCUGGAUGGCAUGUUGUAUGCUGUGAUAGAGAAGAGAACUACGAACGUCUGAAGGCUCAACAUAGCGGUUCAAAGUUUCAAAUACUACUCAACGGACACUACGUUUCAAGGCUAAGCGAUUACAUCAUCUACAGUGUGGAAGCUGAGAAUAUAGACAAAAUUGUUAAACUAUAUGGACCCUCAACGAAACUAGACGCUAUUGUCGGGGGCCAGACUAGUUGCAAAACUCCCGAAAUUGCAGCAUUCGAGCAACAUCUUCCUUCGGAUUCCGAUAUUAUCACAGUACAUUCGCUACAUGGUCCCAAAGUUUCUACUGAAGGCCAACCAUUGGUCAUAAUUAAGCAUAGGUGUUCUCGUCAGAACUCAAUUGAUUUCGUAGAGGCAGUGAUGGCAUGCCUUAAAGUAAAAAGGUUUAACUUGUCGUAUGAAGAACAUGACAAGAUCACAGCGGACACACAAGCUGUUACACAUGCCGCAUUCCUGAGCAUGGGAGCUGCAUGGGCAAAAAUUAAGAUCUACCCAUGGACUCUAGGUACUGAUAAAUGGUAUGGUGGUUUAGAGAAUGUCAAAGUCAACAUUUCUUUGCGAAUUUACUCUAACAAAUGGCAUGUCUACGCGGGUUUGGCCAUUACGAACCCUGCAGCGCAUAAUCAGAUCUUGCAGUACGCUGCUAGUGCUACUGAACUCUUUUCCCUAUUCAUAAAGCACGAUGAGAAGGAACUUACUAACAGAUUGUUAAGAGCCAAGGAUUUUGUGUUCAAAAACCAUACUGGCGAACUUCUGCUGGAUGACAAGCUCCUAGACAAAUAUUCACUCACCCCAAAGCAAGACAACACUGAAGGCCUACAACCGGUUCCUAACUCACACUUAUCGCUACUAGCAAUCGUGGAUUCCUGGCAUCAACUAAGCAUAAACCCUUAUGACCAUAUGAUAUGUUCAACACCACUGUUUAGAAUAUUUCUCGGUGUCUCUGAAUACUUAUUCCUCACACCUGGUCUGCUUGAGCAAACCAUCAAAGCGGCAAUACACGAUGAAUCUUUUAGAGAGGAUGAUUUGGAAUUUGUGGUCUCUGCAAGAGAAUGGAGUUCCAUUGUGACGUUUGCUAAUUAUGACCUCUACAAGAGGCAAUUCGAAGUUGUUCAAAAAUUCUUUGAGCCAAUGUUUCCAGAGGCCAACAAAAUUGGUAAUGAGAUGUUGAAAACAAUUGCCAGUCAUUCACGCUAA